AUGGCUGUCGGCCGCGAAAAUGGAAUUCAAGGCAACGGCGAACUGAACGGAGAGAGCCAUCGCAUCCGCUAUAUUUCCCUCUCCUACGACAGUAGCAACUCGGUGGAAUCGGCACUUCGCCUCGUGCUAUCCAUCCGGCCAGAAUGGAAGGAACCCGGCUCGAAAGUCGAGUUCGUUCGCUUCACCGACGGCAUCACGAACACCUUGUUGAAGGCGGUCAACAAGCGCCCCGGACUGUCCAAGGACGACGUGGACAAGGAGGCCAUACUGCUGCGCGCUUACGGCAACGGCACUGAUUUGAUCAUAGACCGACACCGCGAGACCCAGAACCAUGAACUGCUCAUGAGGCACGGCCUGGCCCCCGAGCUCCUUGCGCGCUUCGAGAAUGGCAUGAUGUACCGCUUCAUCCAGGGCAACGUCACCCAACCGGAGGAUCUGCGCAAGCCCGCCAUUUACAAGGCCGUGGCCCGUCGUCUGGCCGAGUGGCAUGCCGCCGUCCCCUGCAUCUCUGGGCGAACCGGACACAGCCGCAAGAGCUCCAAGGUGGAUGGGGCUGCGCUCCCGGCACUCGACAGCCACCUGGGCGAUGCCGAGUUCCAGCUGGCGAUUGACGGCGUCGCGCCGGGAAAGCCGCCACCGAACAUCUGGACCGUUAUCCAAAAGUGGAUCUUUGCGCUGCCGACCGAGACCGACGUGCAAAGGGCCCGGCAGGCUUCACUGCAGCGAGAAUUGAAGACUCUCAUUUCUGAGCUAAGCCAGCGGCCGGGCCUAGGUGCAAACGCGCUCGUCUUUGCACACUGCGACCUUCUUAGCGGAAACGUCAUCGUGCUGCCCAAAUCCCAGGUCGCCAAUGGCGACAAAUCACCCGAGCCCACAGUUACCUUCAUCGAUUACGAAUAUGCGACGCCGUCGCCUGCCGCAUUUGACAUUGCGAACCACUUCGCCGAGUGGGGCGGUUUCGACUGCGACUUCAGCGUCCUCCCGACGCGCGCACAGCGGCGCGAGUUUAUCGCCGAGUACAUCACCGCAUACUUUGGAUUCAUGGGAAACAAGCGGCCAGGCGCUGCCGCGGUGAACAAAGAUGCCGAGGUUGAGAAGCUGCUCGAGGAAGUAGACCACUUCCGGGGCCUGCCCGGUUUCUACUGGGGCAUCUGGGCUCUCAUCCAAGCAGAGAUCUCCGAGAUCGACUUCGAUUAUGCCUCAUACGCUGAGACCAGACUGGGAGAGUACUAUGCCUGGCGGGCUGAGGUAACUGGGGAGCGGCAAAAGGCCGGAAAGGAAAUGCCGCUGCGAGAGAGGCGAUGGGCUGAGGAGGAAUAG